AGUUUGCAAGGAUGUCGAACACUGCGGUGGCAAGGACUAUUGUAUUGUUGUGUUCCAAGUAAUUUGAACAAAUUUGCGAGACAUUUUGUGGCCUCUGAGCAAAUAUUUCAGGCCUGACCUAAACCACCACCUCUAGACCUCCAUCAUCAUCAUCAUCGUUAUUUGGCCUGGCCUUUUGCGGACAAAGGCCAAUUAACUUAAAUAAUUAGCCAAAAGUUUGGCCCACGAGAUGAAUCUCAGCCUACUACAACAACAAACAAGAUGUUUAAGUUACGAGUAUUUCAAUAAAAUGUUAUCAUUCGGUUUGCUGUCGACUUGUUCGGGGAAAAUCCAAUCAAUUAUCAGAGCCGUAAAAAGGGGGCCGAAAAUUCGUAGGCAAAAGUUGAGAAGGCCUUGGGAAAUGGGAAAUAAGCUGCGCCGCCAACCACAAAGAGUUGAAGUCGACGAGGAGGUGAGACCGGAGCGUCCCCAAAAGAAGACCUCGUCAUGGCCCUUCUGGCGUUUGGUCUACUGGCUGGGUAUCCUCAUCCUCAUAGCUGGCAUCUGUGUGGGCAUGUAUUUCACCCUCAAGUCGGACUUUGGCGAAUGCUCCUCCUACGAUGUCCGUUGCGAUUGAGCCCGCUCUUGGCAAUAUGGAAACUUUCACAGAGAUGGUGGAAUCCAUUACCCAUUGAACUUCUAUUAAUUAAGAACAGAAAAGCGUUGUUCUACAAUCAGCAGAAAGCUAUGUUUUCCCGUCGCAACAUCAGCCUGAAACGUCACCAGUUAGACCAGCGUUGGAAGAUAGUUUUCAUCGUAUUCUUACUUCUCAUAAUCAUUUUCUAUAUUUUCCUGUUUGUUCUCUACAUUCUGUAUAUAGUAAGUGAAGAUAAUCAAUAUUGGAUUAAUUUAUAAAACUUACUCACUUUUAUGUUUUUCUGUUUUUCUUUGAUAACUCCAAUACUUUAAGCUUGGUUAUUAUUUUCCUAUCAGUUGAUGUGCACUGCUGUACGUGUCAUAUAUGGACUCUUCCAGCCGGAUCUUAAUUAAAGCCGGAUAAAAUACCACCCACCCAUAUACAUACACCCCCUUUAUUGUUAACAAAUACAAAAGCAAGGCCGUAGCCGCACCACUAUCGUCUGUUCAACAUGCAGAUACGUUUUGGGGCAUGUGGCAACGAGUGUAUCUCUGAUGCCAUUCAAACUUAUUGGAGCGACUUCUUUUGAUGGCGCUCCAGUUGACUCUUCAAUGGCGAAAACACUUUUUAGUUGAAUGAAGCUAGUGAAUGUACAUAUUUUGGAAUGAAUAUAUAGUAUAAUAUAUAUGUAAGGAAAAACCUUGCCCUGUCUAUAUUUUAGUGUUAAUUAAAAGAGAACAGAAAAGUCAGCAGGAAAAGAAAAGCACAUAUUUCCAUUGAAUGUUGUAAUAAAAAGUCUUCCUUUGUUAACUUUUAACAACUAAUUAAAUAAAAUAUGUUUUUAUGCGAAGUAAUUAUGAAACUAAUUGUUCGU